AUGCUUGGUCCAUCAUCACCUUCCACGUCGUCUACCCACUAUUUGCCAACACCAAUGUCAAGCGCAGUCAUUGGCCACUCCACAAAGAUCUGGGAGCUGAACGUCCAUUGGCCGUUGUACAGCCAGUGCGCGGUAUGGGAUCCUAGAAGAAGAGGCGUCGACAUCUGGGAAUGUGUUCGGGAUCAUGACUCAACUCCGACCUCCCAAUGCUACGUACUGGAGGUAUAUCGCGCGAAGAUGAUUUGCGCCCAACAAAAUCUCUUGACUCUGGUGCAGAAUGGCAUGCAUCCUCUCGUGGCUAUGCGAUCCGGACUCCAUCUCCACAUAGCGCCAUCUUCAUCCAGCCCUGUUUAUUUAUUGGCACCUUGGCCCAAACCGCCACCGGGCUUAUCGCAUUGCGUUCAAUAG